UGUCCUGGAGGUUACACAAUGGGGCAUGAAAUCUGCUACAAGGCCUUCAGCGAAAGGAAGUCCUUCGACAAAGCUGCCGCGGCCUGUCGUGCAGACGGCGGCACCCUCGCCAUGCCCCGAGACGCUGAGACCGACGCCUUCCUCAUCUCCCUGUACAAGUCCGUGAGCGACGGUUCGGCCUUCUGGUUCGGCCUGCACGAUCAGCGCGAAGAGGGAAGGUUUGAGUGGGUGGACGGUUCUUCACUUAGGUCGUACAGCUCCUGGGCUCCGGGAGAACCGGACGACUCUUUCGGCAUGGAAGAUUGCGUCUCUUACUCCUCAAUGUCAUUCAAGAAAGACAAGUGGAACGACGAAAACUGCCGCAUGCCGAAUCACUUUAUAUGCCAGGCUGCACCAGCAUCGUGUCCGAAAGGUUACACAAUGUGGCGUGGGACCUGCUACAAGGCCUUCAAGAAAAUGAAGACCUUCAACGAAGCGGCGGCAGCCUGUCGUGAAGACGGCGGAACCCUCGCCAUGCCCCGAGACGCUGGGACCGACGCCUUCCUCAUCUCCCUGUACAAGUCCGUAAGCGACGGUCGGGGCUUCUGGAUCGGCCUGCACGAUCAGGGCGAAGAGGGAAGGUUUGAGUGGGUGGAUGGUUCUGCACUUGGGCCGUACAGCUCCUGGAGUCGUGGAGAACCGAGCAGCCUUUUGCUGUGGGGCGACAACAGCGAUUGCGUCUCUUACUCCUCAAGGCCUUUCCAGAAAGACAAGUGGACCGACGAAAACUGCAGCAUGCCGAAUCACUUCAUAUGCCAGGUUGCAUCAGGUCGUUUUUUUCAGGACGUCCAUAGGCGACAGGCGGGACUCUCACCACUACUGUACAACGGCUCUCCGACCAUCCGCAGUAAAACUAACUAG